AUGCUCUCAUCGCUGCCCCAGUCCUCAGAAGUUUUGAUGGUUCUCGGACCACGGAUCAGCACCUAUAAGCAUGCGUAAGAUCACUCGUAUCAUCCUUCGGUUUACUAAAUCCUUUCUGGUUUCAGAAAGCACUCCCAAACCAUCGCUUUUGACAGGCUAUUCAGGUAGAUUGGAUAAUUUUGUGGCGCGCAGUCUUCCCCCUCUCUAUUCAUCUAGCGAGCCAGAUAAGCCAAUCAAAGUUGAAGGCGUGACAGCCUGCGCUCUCUCUCCUGUAUCCGGACGCUACUUUGUUCUCUGCGACGACUGCAAACGGGUUCUGAUCUUCAAGUCGACAGACGGUAUCUGGAGCUACCAUGGUGAAUAGUACGUGUAUUUAAACUCACCCAACUUAACCCCGCUACAGCAAGGUGCCGCGAAAGGCAAGCUGCGUCGCAAUCUCACCAGACGACUCCUGUGUAUUCGUCGGUGAGAAAGCGGGAUAUGUGCACAAGUUCAGAUUGGACGAACUGAGUCCUACUCAAGCGGCAACGGACGAUGAAGAUGAGGGUGAUUUCAUGCUGGGUCAUCUCUCUCUUCUCACAUGCCUUGUGAGUUUAAUUUGGCAUUGAAAAUUCAUCGCACUCUUGCCGAAUGUGUGCUUUCUUGCCGCGUUUCACCUUAAAUGGAGUCAAACGUGGGCGGCCUGCAUGAGCCCCCGUUUACGCGUGCCACAACAGAAGUAAUCCAUUGCAGCGAGAGGACGGACUUGAAGCUGCCCCAACAACAAAGAUUGUUGUGAAGUAAUAUUUCCCUGGAGUGAAUUUAAAGCAAGCGAGGACAGCAGCAUUUAAUGGCGCCAGAAAAUUUCGCGACGGCUUCUCAACUGCAGCCUGUCGUUGCAUAACAAUUUCAGACUUUUGCUGACUCCAAUUGUAUCCGUCACUGCUAUUCAGUUGAUGUUUAUUCAUCCCUCACCCCCUACAGACCGUGAGCACCGAUGGAGGGCUGAUGGCUACCGCUGAUCGAGACGAGAAGAUUCGAGUUAGCCGGACCAAGGAGUUCCAUGUGAUUGAGUCCUUCUGUCUGGGACACACCGGGUAUGCUUUCACGCAAACUUCCUGACACAAGAUCUCCCACUUUUAGACCAGUCUUGGAUGCAACUUUUGUCGACAGCACUCACUUGGUGUCCAUUGCGAUCGUAAGUUUUCGAGACUCACUGUUUUGUUUUUGCGUGCCGUUCAGCUUCUUCAGUAUGUCUUUGUUAGUACAUUCAUUCGCUCUAGUCUCGGAAACCCCUGAAAUAAGCAAAAACCUAAGAUACUCCUGAAAAGGGACGAUUUUGCUCUCAGAUAUUUUUUCGACUAGACGUUUACAUCCGUCGAUUUCGAUUAUGUCUACGGUGUGCUACACAGCAGACUAAGGGCGGGCACGGUGACCCGUGCAUUAACUAGUGACGGAUACCACGGAGACGUUCAAGCAAAGACUUGAUGCUUAUUUGCUUGGACACUAUCGCUUGUCUGGACAGAACAGCUCUGUGGUGCUAAACCAACGCCUUGCAUACUCAUACCGCUAAUGCGGAUGACUGUCAUUACAUUUUACUGAAAUAAUCUGCAACUAAAUGUUCUCAAGUUUUGGUUCGACAUAUCCAUGGAAAUAUUCUGUUAAAUGUGUAUAUUACUGACAACAUUUCAGUACCAUGUUUAUUUUAAGUCAAAUAUUGUAUGUGCCGUUUACAAUAGGGUUUUCAAAGGCAUUGCCUAUUACUCUUAAAAUAUACUGACCUAGUUACAUCGACCACACGCCUUGUAAAAGUCUGCAAUUGAGCUCGCCCCAGUACUUGUAAACUUGUGCUUGUGCAUAACUGCUGUAAGUGGUUUCUAUAUUCGCCGGUGUCUGGUUUGACUCCUUUAUGACAUACUUUUGCGCCCUUCGCAAUUAAGACUUUCAAUUAGUGUAUCUUGUCUUCGAUUUUCCCUCCCUUGUUUCCUCUUGUCAGCAUUUAUCACACUCUCUUCCCCUCCCCCACCCGGGCCCGCUUCCAAGACGUAGUCAAGGAGACUGGAGGGGGGAGAUGGCGUACUGAUCGGCGCGGCCGGAACUGCCCCUAGGCAUGCCACUGUACCCUGAUCGAAUCCCACUAGAUGGGGGUGCCAUAAUGGCCACAUUGAGAAGGAGCUAUUGCAGUCUGGCUCUCAAACCUCCGCUCGGCCACUCCACACAGACGCACAGGUCCAAGUUUCCUGUCAACUGACAGCCUUUCAAGCCGCGGCUUUCUAGCUUCAAGCGCAUCAAAUUGUUUACAGUGAGGAAAAUGCGCUGAGUCGUCGACCUCACACUCCCUUUUCAUUCUCAAGCUCCAGCCACUAUCCGAGCCAGUCAGAUGUGGAAAAUACGCACAGUGACUGGCAGAGCUAGGGAGCUCUUCUACUCACACCAGAUGCACGACCUGGCCUCCCAUAUGUACACACCAGGAUUCCACACACACGCACACAAGGGUAGUUGAACCCUCAGGUCUCACAUGCAGCAGAGAAGUCGAAGAACUCUUCGGCUUUUCGUCGGCAGGGUUGAGCAUCUUCAUACCUUCACAGAAAAACUGCCGCGCGAUUAGCCUAUGUUCCUUGAUAAGUGCUAUCGUCAGGGAUGUCGAGGAGUCGAAUAAACGUUUUCGGUUUGAAUGUCGUUACCAGCCAGUCAUACGUAAGCACCAGGUGCCAGUGUUCUUAGCACGUGCCCUCCUCGCUCUCAUCAGACUGGCGUACGGUCUUAGUGCUGUGUGACACCACUCCACUUGCCCAGUAGCCAUUGGUCGGGAAUUUAUAACAUUCUCGUCGCAUCCAAAUAUCGAUCAAAACACGAACCUCCACUGUGUUGUCAUGUUGAUUAGUAUGCAACAUAAUCUUAUGUCAAUUGCUACAACAUGCCAAACUUGUUUUCCAUUUCUGACAGUCUCGACCCCCCUAAGAGUAGUUCAUUUCAACUAGAAUAACUACUUAGACAGUCUGUGCCUUUCAUUCUUCUAGAUGUCUGCAUAAAGUCGGUCUUUUAUUAGAAAGCCUUUAUGGAAAACACGUUUCUCGUAGUCGUUGUGUGGGAAUUACUUUUGAAGGACGGUUUUCAACACCCUAGUAGAACUCGUUGUGAGUAAAACAAAGUUUCUCAGUUUCGGAACCUGAAAUUUUGAAGUUCCAUUUCCACCCAUACUGUAGUGCUUUAUAAGCUUUUCAUACAAGUGUUAGAAAUAUUCCGGUGAACGCGCACGGGAAGGGAUUUCGCCUUUUUAGAAUCGUGUAAGCCAUAAGUGCCGUUUGAGCAACUGUAUUAAUCGCAAGGAAGACUCCAGAGCGCUUUAUACGUUCAUUUACCAUGUUUCAAGGAAGACAUUAAGUUUUCCCCGGAUCAAUGCAAAAUAAUUUAUUUGACAUGAUGUGUCUACCAAAAACGUUGGAAAAGCAGGCUGCUUAUUUAGACCGUUAAGUUUAAGUGAUUGUGUCGCUCCUGGCUGCAAAGGUCCAUGGCAGGCCGGCGUAGCACUGAGCGAUCAGUCAUCAACUAAUGAAUAACUUUCAUCAGCUACGGGUCGAGCAAUUAAUGAACUUGUAUGCGACUGUCCAUUUUUAACAUAAAACUUAUUCUUCAUCUGUAGGAUGGGAUUCUGCGGUUGUGGGACGCUCUGAAUGGCACUGAGUUAGAAUUCUUGGAUCUGCGCCCUCAUCUGAAGGAGUUGGCUGAUUGCAACUUCCCAGAAGCUAGCGAGGCCUUUCUGGCAGUACGCAUGCUCUUCGUUAAGGGCCUCAUUAUCGUAGGCAUUCGCUCGUAAGUUGAUCGUUCCGGCCAUCUUGUUUCAUUCGAGUGGCAUGCCAAAAGUCCUCCUUUCGCGCGUCCGACGCUAUUUUUAAAAAUUUUGAAAACAAUGCCUACUAUAGAUCUUGGUUGUUGACUGUCUUCUCCGUCUUUUUCACCCUUCUCUUUUAUUCUCUUUGAAGCCACAACUGCCUCCUGGCUGUGUCAAUGACCACAGACGAUGGAAAAGUCCGCAUCAAACGAUCUGCCACGUCGGGCAGUGGCGUUGUAUCUGGUGUGUCUUUCAAGCCCGGCGACCGCCUUCUCGAUUGCGCACUGGUUAACUACGAACCAGCGGAGAGCACGGUGGAUGUUGUCGCGUUGAUGGAGCCAAAUUUGAGACUGACUGUGUGGCCACUGCAUAUCGUCGCCGAUAAAGAUAGUACCUCAGCCCAGUGGGGUAACGUAAGUUACAAGUUAUUAUUAACGGCCAACCGAUAACGGCGCGCUAUUUAUUAUUAAAUAAUCCCACCUACUCACCGAUUAUAAGUAGCACGGCUAUGUGUGAAUAGGUUUGGUUGCCAAGUUGCAUUCUAAUUUAGCCUGUCAGUGUCUCCUGACCGGUGCGGGUGAAGUAACUUCUUUGGAGACAAAAAUUAACGGACCGACCUUCGACCGGGACACGUAAAAUUUAGUCUACAGUGCGUGCGCCAACAUUGAUUCGGCCUCAACAAUUGUUUCAAAUCGGAAUGGAGUUUGCGAACGCUGCCACCUAUUUACUGUGGGAUUAGGAGGCGCCGGUGUCUCGUUUGACUCCUGUAUGCCAUAUAUUUGAGGCAAAUGUCAUUUUGAGGUAAGUUUUCCUCGCAGAAAGAAGGCUGAUUGAUCGUUAACGAUGUAUUCAUCCCCGCCCCACACCCCGCUAAACCGCCUUCCUCCGAAUCACGCCCAACCAGGGUUUUUAGACGUCUGUAGGACCACAUUACCGACAAAGACAAGAGAGACCGGAAUGGCCGUUUCUGGCCUACUAGCCGCUAUCAGCCGAUCGUACCCAACGCCGAGGCGUGGAACACCUGGGGCUCGAUCCCGCGACGUUUUGGAUCGAACCCCAGAUGUUUUACACUUCGGGGUUGGGUAUGACUGGCCAGAAGUGGCCGUUCCAGUCUCCCUUGUCUUUGUCAGCAAUGUUGUUCGUCUAUAGUACACAUCGCUGUGCAGUUGUUGGUUGGUCUCGAGACAGAGAGGGAGAGUCCCAAAACACAACGGGAAGAGUGAGUUCCGUAACACGAUCGGUUGCCCCCCGUCUACCGUCUCGUGGACCGUUGUCCACACGAUCCUAUUGAGUUUUCUGUAGGUCAACGGCCAAGGCGAGGUUCACUUUCGCGCUCAACAGCAAGGAACCAAAUGAACGUACGACGCAACCGUUUUAAUCACUGUUUUCUAUUCUUUUUUGCAGCCUGUCGAUUGGAGCCCGCUUCCCGAAAGUCUGCUCUUUCCUGAUGGUACGGCUUCUGAAUUUGUUAUUGUUUUUAUUAUCCCAGUUUUUUUUCUGCCGUAACUUUUUAUAAUCGUCAUCUGCGCUCGCAUUUCUCUUGACUUUCAUUCGAGAAUUUGCAUAUGAAGGGCAGUUUUCGCAGAACGAGCUAGCAAAAUAACGAUGUGAAAACGACGAUGGCCGAAUGCAGGGAGGAAUGAAACUGACCUGUGUGCCCACCGUCAACUAAGAUUCGGACGCUUUCUAGGAAUAAGUACCCCCAUGUGGUCUUGCGCCAAGAUUCAGGAGGUUUUAGGGUCAGGAUAAAAAGUAAGAGCGUUAGGGCUAAGAUGAGGACCCGGAGAAUAGGUACCACCUGGAAUUCGGCAUAAAAUCACCUGUGAUGUGAUGGGGGAGUACAUAUUCCCGUGUUGGUUGGAAUUUCCAAAAACUUGGGACUCCUGCGGCGCACAACCUUACGUGAGUGGGUCCGGGUUCGAAUCCCCCAGGUGUGGCCCUUCGACGAUGGCUAGUAGGCCAGUGCCAAUCUUACCGAGUUACGCUUAUUUCCUUAAGGAGCGAAUGCUUACACUGCCAGAUGAGGUCGAACUGUAGCCCCAUUCGGUACAACAAUAGUCUUCUGACGGUGUACAUUUUCCCUCCUUCUUGUAGUUCGCACUUAAAAAGCGAAUUGCCGCCCAAAAACAUUGAUAGCUAUAACAGGCUUAGUUGAGAGAAAGAAGCCGCCGCCGUCGCCCCUGACACGUAGGCCUUCGUGUCGGGCUCCGUGACAGAACAGGCCAUUGGACUCUAGGCAUCAUUGGCGCUCAUCAGUGCAUCCUGCUUACGAAGCGGAGACAAUCAUUCUACUGUCGCUGUCGUCGCUGGUAACACCUCGUGAUUACUGAUCAAACAAGGCUGCUCAUUUCCGACUGGAUAGUUUCCGUCUCAGACGAUUGGACGCGGAACCGUAGGUCAGAUCUGUGUCCAGCUGGUCAGGGGCAUCAAAGCCCGGUCAUGUGGCCUACGAUUGUCGCACAACUAACCAAUGACGACUCAAAGGGAUAUGCUGUGGAACCGUAGUUCAGAAGGUAAGAGCUUUGCUCGGUGCUCAGCUGUUUGGCGGGUUCAAAUCCCGGGCAUGUGGCCUACGAUUGUCGUACAACUAGCCAAUGAAGGCUCAGAGGGAUAUGCUGUGGAACCGUAGUUCAGAAGGUAAGAGUUUUGCUCGGUGCUCAGCUGGUUGGCGGGUUCAAACCUCAGACGUGCGGCCUACGAUUGUUGCACGUCUAGCCAAUGACGGCUCAGAUGGAUGUGAUGUGGAACCGUAUUUCAGGUGAAAGAUUUGCUCGGUGCUCAUUUGGUCGGGUGUUUCAAGCCUCAGACAUGCGGCCUGCGAUUGUUGCACGACUAACUGAUGACGGCAGAUAAUCCGAGGCUUGUUACUCCAGAGUUUUGUUUUCGUUGGUAAUGCUGUUGAACCCCCAGUUUUCGAACGUUCUGCUUCAGUUACCUAUAAAGCUUGAUUCGAUUUAAAUGUGUCACUGAUGUGCCUGAAAUAUGCCAGGUUAAUCCGUACACUACAACACUAACCAGUCAUUCAAUUUAAUAUUUCUCCCCGUUCUCCCAUACUUAUGUCAUUUCAGUAAUUCUCUCAAGGCAAAUAUUAUCAAGGGCCUUUUUCUUGUACGUUCUUUUAAAACAGUGCGCCUUGAAUGUAUUGAGUAAACUCUAGCGGCGCAACCAAAUUACCUCUUGCUUGUUAUGUGCAACCGAUAUACCAGUUUGCAAUAUACAUGACUAACAGAGGGGUUUCAGUGAGAUUACAGUUCACAUUCAUUGACCGAUGGAAGUCGUGAGCUGGGCUAUCCUAUAAAGGCCUGUCGGCCGAGGACUGACAGGUACGUUGGGUACCAGAAGAAAAUUGCCGGGAGGGGCUGUGUAAAUGCCUGACGAUUAGGUGGCUGACAUAGUUGUAUACGCUACCUCCCUCCAACAACAGCCUUUGCUGCAAUCCGAUUUUGGCAGUUUAUACUAUGGACUGGUCUGCCGGCUGCACGCAAUAGUACUCUUAGUAUUUUGGUUGCGACGCUGAAGCUUGAUUUAGCCAGCUGUUUUGUUUUAAUUUUUUCGUCCUCCCUAAUGCACGUUGAUUGUCCCAACCACACAGAGGGACGCUUCUGAAGUCAGACUGCCUCUCGAAAUAGCUUUCAAACCUUGGGGCCUCACUAGUGCUUGAGCAGCGUUUGCAGGACGGAGCACACUGGUUUCGUCUUGCUGCUGAAUAACUUUGCCCUGCAGCUGACGGCAUCGGCCCGUUAACACAGUUUGCGGUCGUUCUGCCCAAUCAUAGACUGAAUUCGUCUUUCAGUACGGUAGUCCCUCGCCAUCCCGCCGCACCUCGGCUUUUGCGGCUGGCAAGCGUAUUUAAGUGUCUAUCGCAGCCAUCUGCGGAUAAUGAGUACUGUGAUAAGUGUUUAUAAGAAUUGUGGAGGAUUUAUAAGGGGUUGCGAAAAUUCCCAUGGCAGUAUUCAGAGGACUAGUUGGCGAGUUUCAAGGAUUGUGAGUGUCUCCAUUGCCCACACAGCAUGCUUUUCGCUGGCAGUUCUCUAGCACCUUGUUCGCUGCGCUUGCGCCUCCACUGGUUGCCCAGUAAUCCUCAUCUUGAUCAGGCGAAUAAGCGAUCGCUGGAACAAGGGCUUUAUUCGCCUGACGUUUCGGAUUCUCACUUAAACCUAGCUUUGCCUUUCCCUAGCCACAUCAGGAGAUGUUCCUGUAUUCCUUUGGAUAGACUCCGACUUGUGCGACCAAUGUAACCUGCCUCAUAGGAGCAAGUGGGGCAAUAGGUGCAUAUUGGGGGUGAGACGUGCUGGAAAGAGGCUAAGCUAUGAACAUAAACAGCGCCAUUCUAGCACAUGUUGUUGACCCCGGUCACGUGAUUUAUAAGGUUCCAUUGGGCCAACGUCUAUUAGCAACAGCAAAAGGCAGUGCUAUCAGAGCCUCGUUCAGCCCCUGAGCUUACUGUGAUCAGAAGUCGACAAACACCUGUUGUAGACCUCUCUCUCUCUCGCUCAUACCUUCUUUUCCGGGAAUAACCCGUACCUCGAGAAAAUCCUUAGUCCGUUUCGGAUUCCCUGCAGAUUCCACCAUCAGUGAUGGAUGCACAAGAGACGCGCUUGCCAUGCCACCUGUUCACCGUCGGUAAUCGUAGUUGACGUAAUCACGGCCUGCCCUUCUGCAUCCAAGUCGUUAACUGCCGUAAUAUUGCCACUGGUGUUGAUUGGUGGCGUACAUAAUUACUCGACCAUUUGGCUCACCGAUACUGCCACGGAAAACGGCGUUCGCGCGUCCCCGCGGCCGUUCAUUUUGACCGCGCAAUGUUUUAGCGCCGAAUAGGUGGAUUAAGGGGGAAUUUAUUGCGCUUGAUUAUUAACCUCGGGAGCCGGAGAGCCGUCCCCUUUGUGCGACUGUCUGUGAUUGGAGUUAGAAUCCAAAGCGCCAGGCGGGUAGACGUCUUGUUCCAGCAAUUGCAUUUCAUCCCUGUGAACUGCUUCCUGAAACUCGCUAACCAGUCUCGAGGAGUGUUUUCACACCCGACAUCCACCACAUGCUUUUCAGUUUCACAAUCCUAACUCACUGUUCGCGCUUUUUCUACCCCCCUGUUGUUGGAUAGCCCCACACCUACGGCUGCAGCUGCUGAGUGAGCUGUCCAAGUGUCCGAUGGAUCGCAGUGGCAUAGAGGCCUACGAGAAGAACAAGGCGGAGAUGCAGCGACACAUUAAGGAGCGCCACCUCCGACAUCAGAGGAAGCGGCGUAAGAUGCGACAUCAGGGCAGCCAACCAGAUGACGGGCAAGAGGAAACCAAAGUGAUGGAGGCUGAGUAA